CCCCCAACCUCUCCUCCGCCACUACUCCGUACCUACUCACCACCACUAUCUCAUCUCCACCACGAAAUCUCCCGUUCCAGGUCCAGUCCUUUACUUCCUUGCUAGUCGCCGUUGGUCUUCCUCCUUGGCCCAGUUCCUCCUUACACACUCCUCCCUGCGCCAGACCCUCACAAAUCUCCAUUAUCGUCUCCGUUGAUUGCCUCGCGCCAAUCCACUCUGGCCGUGACAAUCACUCCGAGAUACCCUUGCCAACCGCAGGGGCCGCUCCUACGAUCCUGCUCCACGACGACUCCAGUUUGAUAAAACAGCGUCCCCCCCAGCACCGCGACCAUGGCGACCUCUGCCGAGCAGUAUCGUCAACACACGCUGCCGCCCUCUCCACACCAGGCGCAGCAGCAGUAUUUUCCCCAGCAGCAGCAGCAGCAGCAGCAGCCUCAACCGCCGCAGCAGACCUACCAGCCGCCUCCCCGAGCGUCGCAACAGCGCCAGUCGCAGAACCCGCCCGCCAAGUCGAGGACCCUCAGCUUCCACUCUCAAAAGUCGCAUAAGAGCUCUGGCAGCAGGGACUUACACGAAACCUCUGCCGAGAAGGAAAAGAAGCGUCUUCACACCAAAGCCGAUCCUACACUGGCCAUCAGUGAAGCCGAACCCUCCACCAUCGCCGCCAUGAAGUCCGAAUCGACCUUCGCGCCACUCCGAUCGAUGCAACACAAGGAUUCCUUCGGCAACGCCAUCGCCGACCCGGACAAGUCAAACCCAACCCGAAACAGGUGGGAACGACCGCUCGACACCAUCCGAUCUUUUGAGGCUGCAAUUGAUGGAGGCUACGCGCGCAAGUCGAUUUACGGCACUGAAUCCGUCGCCAACUACAACCGACGAAACAGCUCAUUCACUGGCAACCAGCCGCGCUUCCCCCAUGACAGCUACUACAACGGCCGGCCACAAUCUUUUAGGCCGGAACAGACUCAGUUCGACCUAGGAGCUCGAAGCAGUUACUUUGACCCUCAGCAACACGGCGGCAACUAUGGCAAUCCUCCAGUCCGGCAGCGAAUGCCUCGAAUACAGACGGAUCCCCAAUACCAGAGUUAUGGACGCAACCCGAACAUUUACCCUAUGCCUAACAAGGACCGAUCAUACGAGACGGUAACGUCUGCUGCCGGCAGCGGCAACUCCGACCAGGCCGGCUACCAGACGGACCCCACCAGCAGCGACAACAGCUCGAUCGACCGCACUGUACCGGCUAAGCGCCGCGACCCAGUCAACGAUUGUGGUGCCAGACCUAGCCAGGGCCAACCGCAAUACCAGCGUGGGUAUCUCGCCCCAGUACCCAACGGUCAAGGGAGACAGCCUCAGCAACAAGCACCGAACUCAGCACCCCCUACUGCAGUACCGCAAGCAACCCCUCCCGCUGGGAAACAGAAGGGCACUCUUCUGAGAAGGACAUCUACUCAACAAACAAAAACGGAGGCUCCAGAGAAGCGGAAGAGCUGGUUUGCCCGCCGAUUCAGCAAGAACUCCUAAGCAGAUCAAGAUUCGAUGACGAUACCCACACACUCACCAACACUCUCACACACAAACACACACAUUCUCAUGUUUCCUCUUUCAUUUGUCGAUACCCCUUUCUUGAUUCUGCUUCAGGAUGGCGCCUCCAACAGGGACCGGACUGUAUGCGA